AUGGGGAGAAGACCAGCAAGGUGUUAUCGCCAGAUCAAGAACAAGCCCUAUCCGAAGUCAAGGUUCUGCCGUGGUGUGCCCGAUCCGAAGAUCAGAAUCUAUGAUGUUGGAAUGAAGAAAAAGGGAGUCGAUGAAUUCCCCUACUGUGUGCAUUUGGUAAGUUGGGAGAAGGAGAACGUGUCCAGUGAGGCGCUAGAAGCUGCUCGCAUUGCCUGCAACAAGUACAUGACCAAGUUUGCAGGAAAGGAUGCUUUCCACUUGAGAGUCAGGGUUCACCCUUUCCAUGUCUUGCGUAUCAACAAAAUGUUGUCGUGUGCUGGGGCUGAUAGGCUCCAAACUGGUAUGAGGGGAGCCUUUGGUAAGCCCCAGGGAGUUUGUGCACGUGUGGCCAUUGGACAGGUCCUUCUUUCUGUGCGCUGCAAGGAUUCCAACAGCAAUCAUGCUCAGGAGGCCUUGCGCCGUGCAAAAUUCAAGUUUCCAGGUCGUCAAAAGAUCAUUGUCAGCAGGAAAUGGGGAUUCACAAAGUACAGUCGCCCAGAUUAUAUUAAAUGGAAAUCUGAGAACAGGAUCGUUUCUGAUGGUGUGAAUGCAAAGCUUCUUGGAUGUCAUGGACCUUUGGCAAAUAGGCAACCCGGAAGAGCAUUUCUGUCUGCGGCUAUUGAAGGAUGA